GCUGUGUCCACUGUCACAAGAUGCAACAGAUCUUUUCCAACAAACUGAUGAUACCGUCUCAUCCUUCGAGAACAGAUGAUUUAGCCGUAUAUAGAUGAAGUAGUUUCAAUCAAAGUUAAUAUCGCAGACGUUUUUCGCAUGCGGUUUUAUUUUAAAUCACGUUGUGAUUAAGGAAUAAUGCGCACGCACGUGACAGCCGAGUGUUGUGGACGACAAGGUGACAAGAGUUUUGAAAGCGAUGAAAUGAAAAGUCAUUUUUAGAGUAGUUUGACUUUUAUUUGAACUAUUUUUUUUUUCUCAAAAUUUUUCUUUGUAAAUGUAAUGAUAAAUACCCAAGCGUGCGUGUUCAAUUUGCACGUAAUACGCGGAUGGUUUGCUCAUGUUUUGGUGUUUACUAUCGUGUCCAAGUGUCCAAGAAUGAGGAACAACCCAAGCAUCCACCCAUAGACUGAAAAUCAAGUGUUUCUCCGUUAACAGGUGGUUCUUCGCGCCUCUGAUGGUCAUGUUGACGGCGGAAACUCUCUACCGUUGUUCGACAUUCAUAACUGACGACAGCUGCGCAGGUUUAGAAAGCCAAGAGAGUUACUAGGUAAAAGUCAUCUAAAUCUAUGAUUAGCUCGGUGUGUGUUUCGUCGUACCGCGGGCGCAAGUCAGGCAACAAACCUCCUUCCAAAUCAUGUCUGAAGGAAGAGAUGGCCAGAGGCGAAAACUCGGACAAAAUCAUCAUCAACGUCGGUGGCACGCGCCAUGAAACCUACAGGAGCACCCUGAGGACCAUACCGGGCACGAGACUCGCCUAUCUCGCCGACACGGACCUCCAGGUGAACCUGAACCCAGGCACGGGACAGACACCCACCACCGGCGAAUUCUUUUUUGACCGACACCCGACCAUAUUCGGCUAUGUGCUGAACUACUACAGGACUGGCAAGCUCCACUGCCCGGCGGAUGUGUGCGGCCCUCUGUUCGAGGAGGAGUUGGCAUUUUGGGGCAUCGAUGAGACGGACGUGGAGCCCUGUUGCUGGAUGACCUACCGCCAGCACAGGGACGCAGAAGAGGCGCUUGAGAUUUUCGAACCGCCAGAUCCGGAGGAUGCGGAGGAUGACCAGGACAUGCCCAGACGCUUCGGCAUCGAGGACAGCCUUGACCGCUCCAGGGGAUACUGUGAAGUUUGGCAACCGAAAAUAUGGGCGCUCUUUGAAGAUCCAUAUUCGUCGCGUGCAGCCCGGGUUAUUGCCUUUGUCUCCCUGUUUUUCAUCCUGGUGUCCAUCACUAACUUCUGCCUGGAGACUCAUGAGUUCUUCAAUGAACUUCGCAAUGUCACAUCUACAAAUACUGAAAGCAACACCACCAUGACCCCCGUCACCCUGAAGAUGGAGAUGGAGCCCAAACCAGUUCUCACAUUGGUGGAGGGAAUCUGCGUGGUGUGGUUUACCUUUGAGUUCCUGGUCCGCAUCAUAUGUUGCCCGAACAAGCUUCUCUUCAUCAAGAACCAGCUAAACAUCAUUGACUUUGUUGCCAUCCUGCCCUACUAUCUGGAGAUGAGUUUGAGUGGCGUCAAAUCCGAAGCUGCCAAGGACGUCCUGGGCUUUCUGCGCGUGGUCCGUUUUGUGCGCAUCCUACGGAUCUUUAAGCUCACGCGACACUUUGUGGGUCUCAGGGUCCUCGGCCACACCUUGCGGGCGAGUGUGAAUGAGUUCUGUCUGCUCAUCAUCUUUCUUGCGCUCGGGGUGCUCAUCUUCGCCACCAUGAUCUACUACGCCGAACGUCUUAGCGCAGAUCCCCUAGACCCUAGCGGCUGCAACCACACGCAUUUCAAGAACAUUCCCAUCGGCUUCUGGUGGGCGGUGAUCACCAUGACCACAGUAGGUUAUGGAGACAUGUAUCCUAAGACAUGGCUGGGCAUGAUGGUCGGUGCGUUAUGCGCAUUAGCAGGUGUGCUUACCAUCGCCAUGCCAGUGCCCAUUAUCGUUAACAAUUUUGGGAUGUACUACUCGCUGGCUAUGGCCAAGCAGAAGUUGCCCAAGAAGAAGAAGAAGCACAACCCAAACCCAAGCCCACACAUGGUUACAAACUCAUUUGGGAAGUCUGAAAGCAACUCACCAAGGAACAGCACACAGAGCGACACGUGCCCCCUCGCCGCUGAGGUGAACCUUGGAAGAAAGCGCUCAGAUUCAAAGCAGAAUGGUGAUGCUACGGUAACUCUUUCUGAAGAGGAGAGCUGCACUCUGACCCAAGCGCUCUCUCCGGGCGAGAGGUGGACGCUCCGAUGCUCACACAACAGAGACAAGACCUUGAAAGAGGCAUCUUGCUUCCUGCUAAAUUCUGGAGAAUUUUCUUGUGGAGCUGAACCCACCAUCCACACAGAGAGCUGUAAAGAUGCGCUCACAUCCCCAGCAAACUACACUCAAGCAGAAGUUACUACCCUGACCUGAGGGGGGUUUGUCCUCGUCUGGGAUGCUCACCAGUCUUUCAUCUUCUUAUCAAUCAUGCAUCGUCUUUCUCAGUCAAGAAUAUGGAACGUCAUCAUGUACAUCUGUCCAUUUUCAAGCUGCCAGGCAUCUAUUUGCAUGACAGCAGUGCACGUUAAGAUCUAUAAAGCAUUUCUCCCCCCAGGAUUCUCAGCUUGUCUUUAUUUGGACGAAAGCAGAAAGCGGUCUGUGCCUGUACAGUAUCAUUUCAGAGAUCACAGGCCAACUAACAGGACUCGAAGAAAGCCCCGUUUAUCACUGUACAAAGAACUGCUGAACAGGGAUGUACAAGAACAGUUUUCCAAAAGUAUUUUAAUUCAAAAUAUCAGAAGGAAAUAUAUAAAGUUUAAGUUUUCUUAUAAAAAAAGCAGCAAAGCAGCUUUAUUAAAGAGCACAGUGGCACCUGUGUGUUUUCCCAACAAUUGUCUAACGUUUUCUGUAACCAAACUACAUAAAGUCCUGCAUUUAUUAAUCAUCAGCAAUUAAUAAUCAUUACAUCGCUGGUUGAGAUGGGACCAAACUUUUUAGCUCACUGUAAUCUAAACUUCUUUUGCAAGUACAUGCUGUCUGACCUGUCCAAGUUGUGCCUAUGUGCCUACUGUCUUGUAAUACUACUAAUAAUACCAAUUAUUAUAAUAGUAAAAAAAAAAAAAAAACAUAUUUUGUUUGUUAUUGAGAUGUCAAUCAUGUUUGCACACACACACACAAACACAGACACACACACACAAUUUAUGUGUGAGACUUUUUCCACUUUGUUGUCUGCCAUAGUUGCCUUAUGUUUAAUAACAAGAGUUAUAGUGCAACACCAUGCUAUUUAGAUGAGAAAAUGUAGAUGUCAGUACUACUGUAUGUAGCAGAGUAUCACUCUCUAGCGAGAAGGUGCAUUCACUGUCUAGCUUUACAGAUUGUUUUCAUAGUGGUCCAGCAGUGUCUGCCUUUAGCCAGUAACCUUGAGUAUAUUUGUGUGUUUCUGGGAUGACUUAACAUGCUAAAAGUGAGGUGGAUAAUAGAUGAUAUGUUACACUCUAAGAAAAAAAGGUUGAAAAGCUAUCAUUGGGGCUGUAUCUUUGAAAAAGUUAGACCUUUGUACUUUAUUUAGCCAUAAGGAGUUUAAUUAAUACCUUAAAAGUACAUAUUGGUAGCUGAAGUGUACAUAAUAGUGCCUAAAUUGUACAUUUUAGAACCUUUUCAAAAGGUACUGCCCCAUCGACUACUUGUGUGCCCUUUUUUUGUGUAGAAUGUUAUGUCUAAAGCAGCUCACAUCUUGUAUUUUGUAGGUAUGUGUGUCUAUGCAUUUCUAAAGGAACACAAAUAAAAUCUAAAUCCUGA